AUGGUGCAAUCCAGGCUUGCCGCCAUUACGCUGUCUCACUUUUGGUUUCUAUAUAAAUUUUCAAGGAUGGAAAGUUCAACCAAUCGUAUAUUUAAAUUAAUUUCGUGUUACCAUCAGUUGUUUCUGGACCAUACAGUAAAAUAUGUGACACUUAGAUGGAUGUAUUUUGGCUUUAUAUCAACCCUUUUUUGGAUUUAUAUAUUUACAGUUAAUACUCACUACGUGAUUGCUUAUAUGUACGCUGUUUUUCUUCUAAACCUCCUCUUGAGAUUCAUCACACCCUUGAGCUUUGACGACCUAUGUGCGGCACAGGAAGACGCCAAUGGCGGAACUAUCCUACCCUGUUCAGAGAAUGACGCAAAAAAAUCCGGAGUUGCAACUAGAAACAAUGCAAAAUCGAAGGACAAUGUCUACGAGUUCAAGCCGUUCCUGCGUCAAAUGAACGAAUUCACCUUCUGGCUAUCAGCCACCAGAAUAACAUACAUUGCACUCUGUUCACUCUUCUUUGAGUUUUUGGAUCUGCCAGUGUUUUGGCCACUGCUAGUCUUGUACUUUGCUCUCCUCUUCACAACAACAAUGAAUCAACAAAUCAGAAACAUGAUAAAAUACAAGUAUGUACCGUUCAACUUUUCAAAAAGAACGUAUGGAAGUGUAAGCCGAUCGUAAACAAUUUCACAACUAUCGUAAAUUCAUUGUAACACCUUUCUUGUCA